UGUAGUACCAUGAAGUCUAUCUUUGUCGGUUUGUUAAUUGUGGCGAUUAUCAUGCCAUCACUUUCUGAUAGUUCAGUAAAGAAAACGCAAAAAGGCAAAUCCCCCAAAAAGUUGACAUGGCGAUUGUGGUGGAGAGUUUUUACGCUAACCAGAAGAGUUGUUGAACAUGCCAGAAGAAGUCGACGAAGAGCAGGAAUACCUCCUAGGUUAUGUUACACUGGAUCCCCAUAUCCUCAAACACGUUGCCCGCGACCUGGACCGACUCCGAGACCAUAUAUAGAUCCAGAAAUAGUCAACAAGGGUUCGACAAAUGACGAACAAAUUCAAUACGCCGAUCAAGAUGGCUCAGACACGGGAGGGAGUCUCGAUGAAGAUGUUUUUGAUUUUCUGGAGGCGAUGGAUCAAACAGACUUGCAAAAUUAA